AUGCCUCUCGCACUCAAGAAUCUCCAUGUGAUUGACGAGUCCGGCCCUUAUGUGCUGGAACGCGAUGUGGAUAUCCCGUUGAAACGGUCCACUCCCCAGACGAAAGACGAUCCUCUCCUCGUUCGCGCCAACGUAUAUCGUCCCAAGAAGGAGGGCCGCUUCCCCGUGCUCUGCACAUAUGGACCUUAUGGGAAGGACAUUCCUUACGAGCAGUUCCACGCCCAUUCCUUUGCGGAUGUGAACCCAAACCACAAGUCUAAGCAUUCUGCAUGGGAGACUCCCGAUCCGCUUUAUUGGACUUCAAACGACUAUGUUGUCGUUCGGGCUGAUGAGCGUGGGUCCGGCAACAGCCCGGGAAAGCUUGACUCUAUGAGUUCGGCCACGUGCGAUGGUUUUGUCGACGUGGUCGAGUGGGCGGCAGUGCAGCCCUGGAGCAAUGGAAAAGUUGGCCUCUUAGGUAUAAGCUACUACGCAGGAAGCCAGUGGCGUGUGGCGGCCCGGAAGCCGGCUGGCCUUGCCUGCAUUAUCCCCUGGGAAGGGAUGUCUGACUAUUAUCGUGACCGAGUCCGUCAUGGAGGUAUUCUUUCCAACGCCUUCAUCAAGUACUGGUAUGAUCGCCAGGUUGGGUCGAACCAGUAUGGACUUGGUGGAAGAACGGAGAGAAACUGGGGCACCGACAGUCUUGAGGGAGUUCUGUCCGCCGAGGAGCUUGCGGAGAAUCGGGCUGACCAAACCAUCGACACUGCGAAGUAUAAGUUCCGCAACGAGGAAUACUACAAGUCUCGCGACUACAACAUGGCUGAUAUUGAGGUUCCCGUUCUCAGCGUUGCCAAUUGGGGCGCCAUCCAUCUUCACCUGCGAGGCAACAUCUUCGGCUACCUCGGGAUUGGAUCGAAACUCAAGUAUCUUCGCUUCAUCACCGGUCGUCACGACCUUCCCUUCUAUUACGACGAGGAAGUAGCGGUGCAAAAAUCAUUCCUGGAUGCCUUCUUAAAGGGGGUUGAUCCGGAGGGCUGGUCGACACCAGGAAAGGUCCCACCCAUCAGCCUCUGUGUCCGCAGGGACAACCCGGGUUACAACAAUCCUCAGGCAGAGCGCGAUGCAUUUCCCCGCCGACCCGAGAUGGAGUGGCCUAUCGCGAGAACCGUCUAUACGGAUUUCAACUUCUGCAAGUCCUUGCAGCUCGAGAUGAGCUCGACGUCGGAGGUUGGGGACGGCCUUGUGACGUACACUGCGCCAAAGGGGGGCGUCACUUUCGUCUCGACGCCAUUCAAAACCGAGGCUGAAAUGACAGGGCAUCCCAUUGUGAGGUUGAGCAUCUCUGCUGAAGCGGAUGGGGAUAAAACGCCCUCAGAGAUGGACAUCUUUGCGACCCUCCGUCACAUCGAUGCCAAUGGUAAAGAAGUGUUUUACACCGGCGCCGUGGGCGAUCCCGUUCCGCUCGCUCGUGGCUGGCUCAGAGUCUCGCUGCGAGCCACGACCAAGAACCCGACUGAGAUGAGCAACAUUGUCCCCGAGCGCGAUUAUCUCUCCACCGACGUUCAGCCUGUGAACGUUGGCGAGGUCUACACCGUUGAUGUUGAGAUCUGGCCAACCAAUUGUGUCUUUUUGCCGGGCGACAAAGUGGCAAUCGAGAUCUCCAGCGGCGACUCGGAAGGUGUCAGCGUGUUUGAGCACAACCACCCUGAUGAUCGUGACCCUGAAAAGCUGGGGGGGAUCAACGCUAUCCAUAUUGGCAAGGAGUUCCAAAACUUUCUGCGCUUGCCCAUUAUUCCAGCAAAGGAGUAG